UUUUCUUUGGCUAAUAUCUGUCUGUUAGAAUGCAUCUACACUAAGCACUUGUGCCUGGAUGGGAGGCAGAUACACCUGGAAAUUUAUGACCCUUGCUCACAGCAGGGGAAGCUGUCCCUUGCCGAGGAGCUGCGCUGGGCUGAUGGAUUUAUCAUCGUCUACGACAUCAGCGACAGAGCCUCCUUUGCCUUUGCCAAGGCCCUGCUCUACAGCCUCAGAGAGGCUCACACAGCAGCCUGCAAAAAAAUGGUCGAGCCAUCGAUAUUUUUGGUUGGCAAUAAACAGGAUUUAUGCCACAUGAGGGAGGUUGGCUGGGAUGAAGGACAGAAGCUGGCCAUGGAUAACAAGUGCCAAUUCUGUGAACUGUCUGCAGCAGAGCACUAUCAGGAAGUUGUGGCAAUGUUCACCAAAGUCCUCAGGAAUAUCACUUCCAAUUCCAAAGUGAAGGAGAAGAGAAGACCCAGUGGUUCCAAGUCCAUGGCCAAAUUAAUCAACAACGUGUUUGGGAAGAGAAGGAAAUCUGUGUAAGAGAUGUUAGGCCUGAGGUUGGAACAAGCUGAAAUAAAGGAGCAGAGGCAGCUCUUGGGAUUCACAGAAUUUCCUCCAAAGGUCAAUACCUGGAGGAGUAAGACAGUAGAAACCAAAGGUGGGAGACAGCAUGGUCCAGACUUAGGAGACCUGACUUCUAUUUCAGGCUCUGCUACAGAUUUCCUGUUUAGGGCUGUGCCACUUAAAGUGUAAACUGCUCCAGAUUAAAAACCAGGAGAGGUUUAGUCUGGGUUUAUUCAACACCAACAUGGUCUUGGGUAGAGCUUCUAGGUGCAACUGAAGUAUAAACAGUUAUUUCACAGAUUCAUUUCUAUUGGAAAAGACCCUUAAGAUCAUCAAAUCCAGCCAUUAACCAAACACUUCCAAGUCUACCACUAAACCAUGUCCCUAAGUGCCACAUAAUAUCCAGUAAACUCAGCCUUGCUGAUCAAAAUCUUACUUCAGAAUUG